AUGGUCUCGCGUGAAGGUUCCCCCUUGUCCUCCGUCGGCACCGCCGAGGAAUCAGAUCACGAGUCCAUCAAGCAUGAAAGCCGCGCCCAGUCCCCAUCAGCUUCCAACCUGCCUCCCUCAAAGCGCCGUCGCACAGGUUGCAUGAUGAGACUAUCCCCCCCUCCCUCACCAACCGCCUCCAUAUCCUCCGAUACCGACGGCGAUGUUCCCAACUCCCCUAGCAUGGUCGGUGCGCUGGGCAAUAGCCAAGAUGACGACUACACCGGCCAAAGCACAGAUCAAGUCACAGUAUGUCGGUGGGACGGCUGUCCCGCCGGCGACCUGAAGAAUAUGGAUGGGUUGGUGCAGCAUCUGCACUUUGAGCACAUCGGGAGCCGACAGAAGCGGUACUCGUGCGAGUGGUCAGACUGUAGCCGCAAAGGACAAACGCAUGCCAGCGCAUAUGCACUCCGCGCUCACAUGAGGAGCCAUACUCGAGAGAAGCCAUUCUACUGUACCCUGCCCGAAUGUGAUCGCAACUUCACUCGCUCCGACGCCCUAACAAAACACAUGCGCUCCGUCCACGAAGCCGAUACCGUCCGACCCUCGGACCCCAAAUCCACCUCCGGCGGCACCGCCAGCGUAGCCGGAACCCCAGUGUCAAAACUCCAACGCAUCCGCCUGAAGCUCUCACAACCGAAAGGUGAACCAGGCAAUGGUGAUUCAGAUCACCCUCCUGCACCCACCAUAUCCGCCACGGUAGGAUCAGAAGUCGACCCGGACGACGCCACAAUGCCGGAAUUCGGACCGGACCUCGACUUCAGCGACCACGAACUCGCCAUGCACCCACACGAUCUAUACCGCGUCCUGCGGCGACAAAUUCACUGGGCGGAGAAGGAAUCCGCUCAAAUGCGCGCUGAGUGGGAUGAGUUACGCCCGCAGCGUGAACACGCCUGGCUUGAGAAGGAAGCUAUCUUCGAAGACCUUAUUCAUGGCGAGUUACGGCUCUUCAGUGCCUUCGUCGGUGGCCCCGGGUCAUCAUCGUCCACGUCUAAUGGAACUGCGCCAGCUCCUGGUAGUUUGGCCUCUAGUUUGGAGAAAUUGCAGCAUCAGCAGCAGGAAUUUAAGCAUCAGCAAGAUCAAUUGCAGGCGAAGGCUAGUGAUGCGGCUGAAGUCGAGACGGCUGAGGCUUCUGAGGCUGUUGCCGCUGCUUGA